GCCGCAGAGCACGUCGAUGCGCCGCACGCCCUUCAUCUUCUCCGUCUCGCGGUACGCCCCCGCCGCCCUGCAGCGCGCUUCGUACGCGCGCUUCACCUCGUCGACGCGCGGCAGCGCCUCCCACUCCUCGCGGCGGAUCUGCGUGCGCAGCGUCGUGUACAGCGCCGCGAGCACGUCCGCGACGCUCACGAAGCGGCUGCCGGGCGAGGUGCUCGGUGUGGGGCGCACCGCGAUCGCCCACGGGAGCUGCGCCGAGCGGAGCGUCAUCUGGGCCAGGGGCGGGCUCGUCGCGGGCGCGGCGAGCGUGGACGCGGGGAGGGCGGGGUUCUGCACGGAGAUGGGCUGGGAGACGUCGAAGGCGAGGUUGAGCGCGGCGAGCGCGGGGUGGAGGUAGAUAUUGGACGGCUGGGGGGACGGCGGGAAGGCAGGGCUGGGGAGGUGCGUAUAGGGCAUGGCGUUGGGGGGUGAGGGGGUAUAGACCAUUGGGGAGGGGUAGGCGGACGGGCUGGGGUGCGCGCGGGGGAGGAGGGGCGAGGGGAAGGCGGAGUGCGAGUCUGGUGGGGUGGAGGGGCCGUCGGACGACUCGCCUGAGGAGAGGGGCGAGUCGACCCGGAAGGGGCGGACGUCGGGGGUGGGGUUGAACCGAACGUGUCGCGGGGUACUCAUUGCGGGAACGGUGGUGGUGGUGGUAGCGGUGGUGGUGGUGGUGGUAGCGGCGAGGGAAGCGGUGGUAAAGAGGCUCGAGUGAGUUCGGGUGAUGAUGUGCGUUGGGUGAUGUGCGUUGGUGUGGGUGGGGUAAGAGGUGGGAGGGAUGAGCGGUGCGGAUGGAGGGGGUUAAAUAUGAGGAGAGGAGGGACAGCAACAGGUAGAUAUUCAAGCUAUGGGUCCAUAAAGGAAGCUUGGCAACUGGCGCAUAGACAGUGAGUGCCGUCAAACCGGCGACGGAUUCGGAGCAGAAAAGGCGCAGCCAGCCAUGGAUCGGGUCCGUUCAGCAGGCCGACAUGGCGCUCAGAGCAGGGGCACGUUUGGCAGGUCUGUGCUUGGGCGGCCUGGGCUGUGAACGAGUUACUGGGAAGACGCUUUGGGAGGAGGAGGGAGCCAGGGCAGCCCGUGAGUCAACGCAAGCCCCCGCCCGUUUCGGUAGCCCACCGCCACUGAUUCGGUUGCUGGCGACGCGGCCUCUCUCGCUCUCGCUGGUCCACCCUGGUCCACUCCAAUGCGACAUCAAUCCUUUGAUGUCCCGCGACCGCGUUACGUGGCAUUCCUUCCCCCGCUUGGUCCUCACCCUCGCUCCGAUCCAAAUCAGCCACACAGGUAACAUCAUCGUCCAGUCAUCGUCCGUGCCCAUCCAUCUCGCGUCUCUGAUCCACGCCGCGUCCACCCGUCGUGGCAUGAAAUGCCACGGCAUCUGCUGCGCGCGGUUUGCACUGUGCACUUUGCCCAUCGAUGCACGAAACAUCAUUGUAACUCGCAUCCCUCCACGUGCGCGUGCCAGUCCUAAUAUCCCAGAACCGCGGCGCGCCGCGCACAGGUGCAGCUGCAGGCGCCCAGGCGCCACGGCGCACGACGACGGCCCCACCCGCGUCCUCCUCCUCCCUCCGCGGCUUUCGUCCCUGCAGCUCCUAGCUAUGAUAUCAUCCACGCUCGCUAGCUCGUUCGCUAGGAUCUCCCUCCUAGGAUCCCGACAGCUCGUCGUGCGCGCGCGCAGACCCACACUCAUUACUUCCUUAUUCGCCGUAUUUAUUUCUGGCGACCUGAACGUGCAAAUUCGCCGGCGUCAACUCGCGCCGAAUGAUGCAAGCCUAGUCAUCCCCAGCUCGGUCACGGGCUGGCUGCCAACCUCCAAAAAUGCGAUGCCAACUCGAGCCAAUCGCAUUAAUGGCGUCUGCACAGUCUCGGGCCCAGACAUGGCCCUCGGAAUGGCGUCGGAUGGACCUUGCUCGAGUUGCUUGGUCGUGCUCAGCGAAGAGCGGACUGGCGCGGCCGGACGCGGGCGGUCCUUCCGGCUGCGCCGCCGCACGACACGGCAUGAUGCCAUCAGUCAGCGCAUGCAGUGGCAGGAGGGGCCCGCUGGGAAGGUGGAACCACCGCGAUGCGAAGGGUGGGAAGCUCCCGGGCUCUUUGUCCCGGUGGCCCUCCGUGGUGGCGGGGCCCUGCCUGCGUUUGGGACGCGGCGCUGCUCGGUCGAGUCGCAGUAG